AUGUUCCGCAACAUCCCUAAUAGAUUCUCACCUGAGGGCCUGCGUGAAGUUAUCCGGGACAAGGGCUUUGCCACGAGCAUGGAUUUUUUCUAUAUGCCUAUGGACUUUCAGAAUCAGUGUAACCUUGGAUACGCUUUCAUCAACUUUGUCAAUGUGGACGAGCUCGACAGGUUUACUCAAGAAUUUCACGGUCAGAAACUACCCCUAUAUAAAUCGCACAAGGUUUGCGAAGUGUGCCCGGCCAGAGUGCAGGGCUUGAAGGCCAAUGUUGAUCAUUUCCGUAAGUCUGCGGCGCGCGGUUCGAUCCCCGAUGAGUACAAACCGGUGUGCUUCCGUAACGGUGAAAUGGUACCCUUUCCUCCACCCGAGAGGCCCUUCCACCGCAGUGGUAAUGGUGAAGAUCACAGAAGGUCGUCCAAGAGCUCCGCACAUAGUGGCAAGUUCGGCGGGUUGCGUGGUGAUUCUUAG